AUGUUAGUCUCGUGGAACAUAAGGGGACUCAAUAAAGUAGGCAAAAUUUGUGAGAUUAGGUCACGUCUCCAAGAGCUAAAGCCUGCUAUUAUCAUUUUGAUUGAAACUAGAGUUAAAGAAGCUAAAGCCAAGGUCAUUCGUGAGAAACUGAUGAUAUAUGAUAAGCACGUGGAUAAUUACAAAGACCAUAUGAAUGGUAGAAUAUGGAUUCACUGGAAUAGUAACAGGGUGGACGUGAGGUUCAUACAAAGUAGCAGCCAAUUUAUACAUUGUGGUAUCUAUGAUAACCUUGGAGGUUUCAAGCAUUGGUUAACUGUUGUAUAUGCUCAUAACCAACUAAACAAGAGAAGAAUCCUAUGGAAAGAAAUAGAACACCUGUCUGGUAACAUCCAAGGACCUUAG